CCGUAGAGAUAUUCCCUUCAUAGGUGGUUUGUAUUUGGUUUUCAUCUUCCUUUUACCUCGCGAUUCGGGCCAAUUGAAGACUUUCGUUAUAUUCACAAAACCAAAACCUCACCUCUGUCAAUCAAUUUCCAUACCUGCAGUUUCACCGACUUUUCUUCGGUGUAUGCGUUCUGGCGAUUUGUUUAUGCGAACGACAGCUCUGUCAAGCUCUGCAACUCAGAUUGGUGGGUUAAUUCUUGCUGCCGGGGUUUUCUUAUGUAUUGUUUGAUUUUCUCCCUUCUUUGAACUCACUUUCUAUUUAAUUUGGAAACGAAUUGUUGUCUUCCCCUUAUCGAGCGAUUCGAAUCAAAUUAAUCUCAAUGGCCUCGAACGUCUAGACCUUCUGAAGGAUGUGAAGUUGAGUGGUUGUGUUAUACUGAGAAAAGUACUCAGCCUGUCAAAUUUGACCAAGUGAAGCUCGAGAUUAUUGAUUGGCCCCUCCUCUCUCAAAUCCAAGGGCUUGGUGAAGUUGGGGAUUUAUCGAUUCUAUGGAUCAGGAUAUGUUAUCAGUUUCAUGGGGUGAUGGGGCUCGACAAAUUGGAGCCAUUGCAAGAACUAGUGAUUACUCAUUACAUGUCGACUAUGAAGCUGCGUGAUUUAUCUGCUUUGGAGCUAUUAUGGGUUCUGACCAGGCAUAUCGAUUCCAGGUAAUAGAUAGCUGACGGAGGUAACUGGGUUUCGAAUAUAUUGAUGGAGUGGGACAACAACAAUUCGGAUUUGAGCAGUGACGAGAAGGAAGGAAGCUUCGACCUCAACGAUGGCGUUGGUCCAAUCCCUUUCCCCAUCGAGAGCUUGCUUCAAUUGCGCCUUGAUGGUUCGUGGUCACGGAUGCUCUCGAGCCUGACCACCCUAUCAUCUUUGCAGAAUUGCACCUCAGACUUGAUAGAUGGAACUUGUUGGGCCAAAUAUUGAGGCGCAUGGGCCCCCAAGCCCACAGAGUCACCAAAAGCCCAUAGGAGAAGAAAGCCCACUCAAGCAGGGGCAAAAACACAGGCCGGAAGCGGUCUUCGGAGGAAACCGCCCGACAUUCUGACUUGCCAAGUCAAGCGAAACGCCCGACACUACGGCCUAACGGACUCCUGUCCUUCCGGUACGGAGUCUGACAAAGAUACGAUCAGAGCAAGCAUUUAAUAAAGCCAGAGGCGACCU